AUGCCGGGAGUAAAAGCCAUUGGCGGAGUGAAGGGACAGGGACAGGGUGCUGUGGGUGUCAAGGGAGGUGGGCACUUCUUCACAGAGUGUCCUUCAGGCCAGCACAUGGGUGGUAUCCAGGUCCUACCAGGGGAAAGCAACCAGGAAAAUGAGGGUUUUAGAAACUUCCAGGCCUUGCCAGGCACUGAGUCUUUGAUUAGUGAUGUCAUAGAUGAUAAGGUUGUUGAUUACAACAACCUUAUCUUACCCCUCAAGUAUCAAAUGACUGAGCCUGUGACCAAUGCAGAAAUGCUCAAUAGUGUCAAGCACUUCCCCAUGAUCUUCAGCAAAGCCUCUGAGUGCAUGCAGCUGGUCUUUGGCAUUGACAUAGAAGUAGACCCCUCUAGUCAUUCCUAUGUUCUUGUCAUUGCCCUGGGUCUUAUCUAUGAUGGAGUGCUAAGCAAUGAACAGAGCAUGCCCCAAACUGGUCUCCUGAUAAAUAUUCUGAUUGUGAUCUUUCUGGAUGGCAGCUGCACCCCUGAGGAGGUUGUCUGGGAAGUGCUGAGUGUGAUGGGUAUACAUGCUGGGAGGGAACACUUUAUCUAUGGGGAACCUAGAAAACUCAUCUCUGAAGAUUUGGUGGAGGAACAGUACCUGGAGUAUCGCCAGGUGCCCAGCAGUGAUCCUGUUUGGUAUGAGUUCCUGUGGGGUCCAAGGGCUCAUGCUGUAACUAGCAAGGUGAAAGUCCUAUAG